AUGGCCGCCGAGAAGACGAGGAUUUCUUUAAAAUGUGACGAAAAAGAACUAUUAAAAGACGACAACGUUCAUUUUAUUCCUUGCAAAUUUGAUCCGGAUAACAAAGAGAACAUUGGUUCAGAUGCGAAGUCGGAUCGGAUCAAGAAUUUUUUCCACUCGUCUAUUUUCUGUGAAAAGAAUGACAACGGCAGUUACGAAGAUGUUCUGCAUGCCUCUAUCAGGGGUAGACCAUUAGUUGGAACUCGUAUGAAACUUCCUCAAGGAUAUGAAGGUAUAGUCCUAGAAAAAGAAGAACAUUCAGAAGAGGAGGAGCAUAAAAAUUAUAAGAUUAGGGAAAAAUUCAAAAGCCUAACAUAUUGGAAUCUGGAUUCAAAACCUAAUCUGGAUGACAAAUUCAGGCAGGCCUUAAAGUGGAUUGAGAUUUCAAAAGCUGUAAAUUUAUUUUCAGUUUUUUUUUUCCGAAUUUUUUUGUUAACUGUAAUUUUGAUAAAUAUAUUAUAUACUAUUGAGUAA